AUGACCGAUUUACUCCAAGGCGUGGCCCUCGUUACCGGCGGCGGCUCUGGCAUCGGGCAAGCGACGUGUAUUGCACUUGUUCGGCAUGGAGUAGACCGUGUCGCAAUAUUGGACAUUGACACUGCAGGUAUGAGCCAGACAAGCAAGUUGAUCAGGACUAUCAAGGAGGUGGACAUCAUAGAGAUCUCCACCAACAUGGCGAACGAGUCGUCAGUGGUGCAGGCCGUGCAACAAGUCAUCGAUCGCUUCGGGAGAAUCGACAUUGCCGUCAACAACGCUGGCAUCGGUGGGUCGAUAUUACCCUCGACAGAAACAUCCGUUCAAGACUUUCAUAAGGUUAUUGAUAUCAAUUUGAUUGGGCUUUGGAUCGGCCAAAGAGAGGUCAUUCGUCAAAUGCUCAAACAAGAACCUCAGCAGCUGUGGACUGGAACGCCCGUCAGAGGCACCAUUGUCAAUCUAUCCUCAACAUUCGGAUACGUCUCUGCGGCUGGGACGACUCCGGUCCCCGCCUACGUUUCUAGUAAGCACGGAGUUCUGGGAAUUACGAAGCAGGACUCGAAUAGUUUUGCCAAAGACGGCAUUCGGAUCAAUGCCAUAUGUCCAGGCUACAUCAAUACACCGGCCAUAAAGGCGGCUGCAGAAGCCAGCGAAGCAGUUCAACUUGAAAAGUUGAAGGUUCCGAUGGGGCGAUUUGGUGAGCCCAGUGAGAUAGCUGAGGCGAUUUGCUUUCUGGCAUCGCCAAUGAGCAGCUACAUGACAGGGGCGGGCAUGAUUGUUGACGGGUAA